AGUCGGAUUCGUUAACCACUGCGCCACGACGGGAACUCCCAGGAAACACUUUUUAACUGCAGAGAUGUCCAGUAUCUAAUGGGCCACCUUGUAAGGUAAUGAGCCUUUGUCACCGUGCCUAGUCUUUAAACAGAGCCGAUUAUCUGUCAGAUGCUGAAAGUUUCCCCAAUAAGUGGGAAAGCUGGGGCUAGAUUGCUGAGGUCCCUCGGAGACCCCUUGUUCUGAUGCCCUUCCCUUGGGUGGGGAGGGAAGAGCUGGGCUUGCUGAAGGGCCCGGGACCUGAGGGGAAGAGGGCUGAGGGGGAAGCAUGGUGUGUGAGGACCAGAGGGCUAGGGACAGGUUGUGUCUGCAGCCCUUGCCCGGCUUUCCCAAACACAGCCUCCUUCCGAAGCUGUUGAAAGGCACAGCUCCAGAAUCUAGAGAGCUGAAUACCAUUCGGACUGACGAACUUACAGUGAAGCCUUGGCCAAGUCAGUUUCCUUUCUGGUUCUUAUUUUCUCCUCUGGAAAAUGAAGGGGUAGGAUUUGAUGAGCUCUCAAGUGUCUUCCCGCCCUGGCAGCCUGUGUGGUUGGCUCCAGCACCCUGAGAAGGUCAGUGAGGCAGUGGCCCUAGGGCGUGUGGGCCAGAACCACCACCGGCGUCCUUGGAUCUCCUCCCUGCCCCAGCCCCCGUGGCUCCUGCUGACCAGGGGUCUUCUUCUAAUUUGCCCUGUUCUUGCCCCAAGUAUAAUUUAGCACCAUGCAUGAACAGUAAGAGAUUGGCUUUUCAAAUCUGCCCCCGGCAUGAACUAGCUGUGUGACCUUUAGUCACUUUCCUUCUCUGAGCCUUAGUUGCCUCACCAGUAAAACCAGAGCCAGGGCUGGACUCAAUGAUCAGGUUUUCUGGGGUCGACAGCUUCGCGCUCUUCUAGGAGUCAAGUCCCUGUUAUUCCAGGGAUUAGCAGGAGCCCCACUCUGUAGCUGACCCCCAGGAUGAGAAAUCACCCACUCGACAGUGAAAAUAAAGCUCUGAAACGGACUUGGGAACCCCCAUUUUUCCCUGGCUCUGCCACCAAGCGUCUCAGGAGACCCCCACUAUCACUUCUCCUGUCCAUGCUCUCCUUUGCAGUGGGUGAGAGGCAAUGGUGAGUUCAAUAGUUUAAGGUUGGGCUGGCAAAGCCCUAAACAGAAAUGUCCUGCCUAAAGUCACACAGCAGAGAACCCAGGUGGCCACAACACAGCCCAGUCCGGAGCCGUCUCGCCCCACCUGCACACACGCUGCCCUCUCCCGGCUCCUGGGCUUUCUCUACACCUCACUUCCCCAGCCCGGGGCGCAGGCUGCUUUCGGACAGGAGGGCAGCAGAAUCCGUCCGCCCUCUGAGGACCACACCUCAGAGAAGAGCAGGAUUUCCCAGGUGGUUUUGCUGUGAGGCUUCGGCAGAGGCAGGCCUGAAAGCCGAUCUCCGAGAGGGCGUGGCUGCAGAAUGCUGGCAAAUAAAAACUGGGAGAGCCUCGCGGCUGGAGACCACAGGAGGCAAGAGGAGCCACUCCAGCCACUCAGUUCCUGGGCCUUGGAAGCGAUGCCCAUGGCCUCCCCCCAAACCCUGCUCCUCUGCCUGCUGGUCCUGGCAAUCCCUGAAGGCCAGGGUCAGCAGGCAGCCAUCCCAGGCUGCCACUUGCACCCCUUCAACGUGACCGUGCGAAGUGACCGCCAAGGCACCUGCCAGGGCUCCCAUGUGGCACAGGCCUGUGUGGGCCACUGUGAGUCCAGUGCCUUCCCAUCCCGGUACUCCGUGCUGGUGGCCAGCGGCUAUCGACACAACAUCACCUCCGUCUCUCAGUGCUGCACCAUCAGCAGCCUGAGGAAGGUGAAGGUGCAGCUGCACUGUGGGGGGGACCGGAGGGAGGAGCUGGAGAUCUUCACGGCCAGGGCCUGCCAGUGCGACAUGUGUCGCCUCUCACGCUACUAGCCCAGCCUCCCCCAGCCCUUCCCUUGGUCUGAGGGUUUAACGCUGGAGCACAUCCUACAAGUCUCUUAUAUCCCGAGGACGUAAUAUAUAUCCUCCCUAAGGACGACAGCUCCAGCCCUGUUAGAAAAUCCUGUGACUGUCCCCUCCUGGGAAGAGGGGGCUGUCUGUCUCUUCUCCACCUCCGCCUGUCUUUCUAACCAGUCCUUCAUUUCACUUCCUUCCCUGUCCCUACCCCUAAAUAAAACAAGCAGAUCUCGAGUUUCUCUCUUUAUUAAAUCUACCCCCAGCCAGGGAAAGGGGAGACCGUGGAUACUGUGACCCCCCCCUUGCCCCAGGACACGGGGAAUCUUCUGCCUGUGCCCUCACCCCUCCCCCUGCCCAA